AUGGUCCUUGCAGAUCGUGUGGCACAAUGUGUAAUUGAAACGUUUUUAAAGCUUCCACCUAAAGGCAAGCCUGUUAAAUCUUCUAAUAGACCUUCAGAAUGGACCAUACUUGCUGGAAUCGUUCUAGAGUCAGCUCAGGGAAUGGAAUGUGUCGCUCUUGCUACUGGGCUUAAAGCAAGUCCUGAUGCUAUUGUCAAAAUUUCCAAUGGUAAUAUUUUACAUGAUUCUCAUGCUGAGAUUUUAGCAAUUCGCACAUUUAACCACUUCCUAUUAAAUGAAAUAUCCCAACUGCCUACACACCAUAGCAAAUAUAUUCAGGCAAUUGAAAAUCCUGCUAGCUCUUAUUUAUUUGAAGGAUUUUCAAAUGUGAAAAUUCACAUGUAUAUUUCUGCGGCUCCUUGUGGAGACGCAAGUUUAUCAUUACUUAGUGAUCUAAAUCAAGAUGAGCGAUGGACAGACCCCAUUGAGCCCGUAGUUCCUGGAGGGCCGUUGCGUGGUCGUGAACAUUUUUUUCACACAGGUUACGUUCGCACUAAACCUGGACGGCGCGAUUCACCUAUUACAUUAUCAAAAUCUUGUUCUGAUAAACUUGCCAUGAAAAUUGCCACAAGCUUACUUUUAGGCCCUACAUCAACAAUAAUAUCUCCAAAGAAUUUUUAUUUAUCUUCGCUAACUAUUCCUGAGUCUGAAUAUCGCACUUCCGAUAUUAAUCGAGCAUUUGGUCCCCAAGGAAGACUAAAAGGUUUACAAACUCAAGCCCCUAUCCAUGGCACAUACUCUCCCCAUUUUUUUACCGUUUUUCCUACAAAGAUUACUUUUCCUUUUCAAAAGUCUAAAGAAUCCAAACCUUGUUCACAAUCACUCAUUUACUUUUUAAAUGCUCAAGAAGAUAAAAGCGGAACGUUUAAAAAGUCUAGCGAGGUUUUAUUUUCGGGUGUAAAAAUUGGAAAUAAAAUCUUAUCCGGUAAUGGGACCAGUCGAAUUUCGAGAAGAGGGAUCUUUUCGGAUGUCGUUAAAUAUAUUCCUCAACAUCAAAAUACUUCCUACUUGGAUUUUAAAAAUCUCAAUGAUGAUAGACGGAAAAUGAAACAAGAAGUAUAUAAAAUUCUAAAUAAUUGGACACCAACUAGUGAUGAUGACUUUAAAUUGUAA